AUGAGGCUUUCACAGCGACGUUAUAUGCGGGAUAUUCUACAGCGAGCCGGCAUAACAGAUUGCAAGGCGCUGGCCACUCCUGCUUCCGUGACUCAGCCUGUAUGUCAAGCUACUGGCUCUUUUGAUAAUCCGACCCAAUACCGUCGGUUAGCCGGGGCUCUUCAGUAUCUCACCAUUACUCGGCCGGAUCUUUCUUACUCUGUCAACCGCCUCUAUCAAUUCAUGCACUCGCCCACUGACGAGCACUGGGGUCUGCUCAAGCGAGUACUUCGUUAUAUUAAAGGAACCCUGGAAUAUGGUCUAUGCAUUGCGGCUUCAGAAAAUUCGGACAUUCAUGCAUACUCCGAUUCAGAUUGGGCUGGCUGUCCUGUUGACCACAAGUCUACUAGUGGGUAUGCAGUAUUUUUUGGUAAAAAUCUUGUGUCAUGGGUCUCUCGGAAACAGCGCACCGUUGCACGCUCUUCGACUGAGGCAGAAUAUAAGGGCCUUGCCGAUGUAUGUGCUGAAGUUACCUGGGUUGUGUCCUUGUUACGGGAGCUUGGCUUGGGGCCGAUUUCUACGCCCACGCUAUGGUGUGAUAAUCUAGGAGCGACAUACCUGUGUGCAAAUCCGGUGUUCCAUGCUCGCACCAAACACGUCGAGGUUGACUAUCACUUUGUUCGGGACAAGGUCUCGGUUGGCGAGCUUCAGGUUCAUUUUGUGUCUACCAAAGAUCAGCUAGCAGAUAUCUUCACUAAACCGCUUCCAGCAGCACAGUUUGCUACUCUGCGUGGCAAGCUCAAUGUGGUUCCUCACCUACCUUGUGCUUGA